CGUUUUUCUAUGAAUCGAUCCUCCAGCCCGUUCCCACGACUACAGCAGCUACUUUACCGGUUGUACUAUACAUCAUUGCAUUUGUAUUAUACUUGUAUUCAUACAUCAAUUAUAGACUUGUAUUGUAAUCGGGGUCGAACUCAGUACGAAGCUUGCCAACAAACACAGACCAGCAACUAGCGCGCAAUUUUUGAUCAAAUCUGUCUCUCAGCCAACAAAAGAAGCUUCCCCAAAUAUCGUUUCGGAGCCAACGAACAGCCAGCCUGUCUACCUGCAUGCCCAUGACGCUGCUACAGUCGACCUCUCGUCAAAUCUCCAUCCGGGCACUACGCAACACGUGCCAGGCCUCAUCAAGGUCUCCACUUACGGGCUGGAGCUUUCCAACUCGACGAGCGACUGCCGGCAAUCCGCUGUCGUUGGGCUCCCGCCUGGCCAAUCAGAAAAUGGGAUUUAAGGUGGCGCCAUCGGUGCCGGGAAACGAUGCUACUGCCCCUCCAUUUAACUCAAGCUUGCUCCAGAACAAGCAGUCUGCAGCAGUCAAGAUUCCGUCUCUCCGCACAGCACAGAUUGCCCGGCACCUAUCCUCGUCUGCAUCAUCGACGAGCUCUGCAAACAUGGCGUCUCAGUUCACCGUCCGCAAGGUUGCGGCCCCCAACACCCUCGAGCACCGCGUCUAUAUCGAGAAGGAUGGCGUCCCUGUCUCGCCCUUCCAUGACAUCCCCCUCUAUGCCAACGCAGAGCAGACAAUCCUGAACAUGGUUGUUGAGAUCCCCCGCUGGACCAAUGCCAAACUCGAGAUCUCCAAGGACGAGCUCCUCAACCCCAUCAAGCAGGACAUCAAGAAGGGCAAGCUCCGCUACGUCCGCAACUGCUUUCCCCACAAGGGAUACCUCUGGAACUACGGUGCCUUCCCCCAGACCUGGGAGGACCCAAAUGCUAUUCACCCUGAGACCAAGGCUAAGGGUGACAACGACCCUCUCGACGUUUGCGAGAUUGGCGAGCUUGUCGGCUACACUGGUCAGGUGAAGCAGGUCAAGGUUCUUGGCGUCAUGGCUCUUCUUGACGAGGAGGAGACCGACUGGAAGGUCAUUGUUAUUGACGUGAACGACCCGCUGGCGUCCAAGCUCAACGAUGUUGAGGAUGUCGAGCGUCACCUGCCCGGCCUUCUCCGUGCCACCAAUGAGUGGUUCCGUAUCUACAAGAUUCCCGAUGGAAAGCCCGAGAACCAGUUCGCAUUCACCGGCGAGUGCAAGAACAAGAAGUACGCAAUGGAUGUGAUCAGGGAAUGUGCUGAGGCCUGGGAGAAGCUCAUUACGGGCAAGACCCAGCCUGGUGAUGUGUCCACCACCAACCUGUCGGUCUCGCAGUCGCCUAGCCGCGUUUCGGCUGAGCAGCUCCCUCCUCUGCCUCCCCACGAGGAGCUUGCCCCUGCCAAGAUUGAUGCCUCGAUCGACAAGUGGUUCUUCAUCAGCGGUGCCUCGGCCUAGGUCAUAUGAAAAUCAAGAGACGAAUUAUCAGGAUAUGGCAUGUUGAUGAUCGUCGCGAUAGAAAAUAAAAUAAGCAUCAAUAUUUUCUUCAAUUGGGAUAGUAGCCGUCGCAUCCAGGUACGCUAAAUGAUUAGAUCGGGUCCCUGCAUUUCGUAGAUCGUUCCCUGGGCAUUCAUAUGCCACAGUAUCCCCCACAAAUAGAGCAUAAUUCGCUCAGUGUAUUUUGACACUUGAUGCUCAUGUCUACAUUGUCUUUUUACAAGGUGUUGUACAGAUGGCGAGUGAGGGCGUAGGCAAGCAGUUGUAAAACCCACUGAGACCCUGGACUCGCGCGUGGUGGUUUUAUUCAGAAGAAGUAUCGGGUAUCAUGUUUUAUAAUAUCGUAAUCAGCUCGAGAGGGAGUCUGCCUUUUCGAGUUGUCGUACAUGGCGGUUGACUUCUUCCAGAACUCCCUUGAUGCCGAGCUUUUGGCAAUCGAGAUCCAUUUCAGUGCCAUCCUCUGGAUAGCAAUUGCUUGGAGUUUGGGCGGCUGUGUCGAAGUCUUUGGCAGCAGGCUGGUUUUGAUGUUCAUGCCAGAGGCGCGUGCAUUCGGUGGCAGGUAGGCCAGGAAAAGGCGCGCCGCCCUUGCGCUGGUGGCGAAGGGGUUGAACUGCGUUGUGACCUCUGUGACGAAGCGAUUCAUUUUUUUUUUUUUUUUUCAAGAUGUUUUGUUUCCUCUUUUAUUCUUUUUUUGUAUGGGAUGGGUUGGAGGGAUUGGCAAUGAGACGAUCAAUCAAGACUUUAGCACUG